ACAACGCACUUCGCUAGACGCAUUUAACAAUAUAGACAGAUCUAGAUGGCUCGUUAAUUUAAGCAAACGUCAAAUUCCGGAUUCGGUUUUGAGCUUUCUCAGCCUUGGCGAAAAUUUUGGUAUCCCCGUAUGUCCAUCCAAUAAAAAAGACAGAUUCUGUUCAGUUUUGGAAACCAUCAAAAGUUUCGAGAACAAUAUUUACAAGAUUCCAACCAACGCAGUAAAUACCAUUAGAAACGCUGUGACUACAUCUCUUCACAAAUUUAUUUCGAAUAAACCACACCACAGUUCUAUCGACAGACACAUUUUAAUUGAACACAAGAAAUGCAAAAAAUUUUUACACGACAAUAAAGAUUUAUUCGUCACGAAGGCUGAUAAAGGUCAAGUCACUGUAGUCAUGGACAGACUUGAUUACACCAACAAGAUGAACACAUUACUCAGUGAUCAAUCCACGUACAAAUGUAUAAAAAAAGAUCCGAUUAAACAACUGAGUACAAAGAUCAACACACUGGUGAAAUCAUGGCUGGACAACGGCAUUAUAGACGACCGCACUUAUCAAAACUUAAGAUCUACGAAUGGUAAUCUCCCCCGAUGUUAUGGCCUGCCAAAAAUCCAUAAAACUGGUCAUCCAUUGCGCAUUAUAGUUUCUGCACUAGGCAGCCCCAUCUACAAUGUCGCAAGUUUCCUUCAUGAGAUUUUACAAAAAUCUAUCCAGAAACCAGCUUCUCAUAUUAAAGAUAGCUGGGCCUUAGUUGAAGCCAUAAAAAACAAACCAAUUUCGGACAAUGAACUAUUAAUUUCAUUGGACGUCAAUGCCUUAUUCACCAAUAUCCCCAAAGAUUUAGUGUUCAAGGCUAUUGAGAAACGAUGGCAGAAAAUCUCUGAAGUGACAUUUUUCACCCUACCACAAUUUUUACACGCAAUAGAGACAGUUCUAGACUCCACCAGUUUCAGUUUCAAUGGAGUUAUUUAUGAACAGAUUUUUGGCAGUCCAAUGGGAUCCCCCUUGUCACCAAUUCUAGCGGACAUUGUGCUUGACGAUUUGGAAUCACAAUGUUUGCUAUCGUUAGGCUUCGAUCUACCUACAUAUUACAGAUAUGUGGACGAUGUUCUCACUAUCAUACCUGAUGACAAGAUAGACUUGGUUCUCACCAUAUUCAACUCUUAUCACCCUCGACUCAAAUUUACAUAUGAAAUAGAAAAUGACAAAUCCAUCAACUUUUUAGACACUUCAAUUAUCAGACAGAACGGUAAAUUAUUGACUAAUUGGUACAGAAAACCAACUUUUUCCGGCCGUUAUAUCAACUUUUUCUCGAGCCAUCCUUUAAAUUACAAGAUUAAUACUAUUAUCAACUUAGUGGACCAUGCAAUCUUGCUAUCGGAUGAACAGUUUCACAGCUCCAACAUGACACUUGUCAAGGAGAUCCUCACUAACAAUGGCUUUCCAACACAGUAA